AACAAAUUCACAAAAGUCAUCCAAACUUUCAACGAGAAUCUUGAUUCCAAAUCUGACAAAAGGUGGAAUCGUGCACGCCUCUCCAAGUAUCUCCGGCUCCGAUACUCCAUUUGGUGGAUUCUUAGGAGAAAAAGUUUCAAUCUUUGUUGGAUUUUCUGAUGGGUUUGCUCUGAAUCGAUUGGAAAAUCAAACCGGUGUGGAGUCUGCAAAGUUUGGUUAAUAUGAACAGUCUUGUCAGAAGGAAACAAGUUGAUUCUGUUCAUCUGAUCAAAAACGAUGGACCUCAUCAGCUUGCCAAGAAACUAUCCGCCGUUGAUCUUGUUGCUAUUGGAGUUGGGACAACAAUUGGAGCAGGAGUGUAUAUUCUUGUGGGAACAGUAGCUAGAGAGCACACAGGACCUGCUCUUGCUGUAUCAUUCUUCAUUGCUGGUGUAGCUGCUGCUCUCUCGGCGUGUUGUUAUGCUGAGCUUGCUUCUCGUUGUCCAUCUGCUGGGAGUGCUUAUCAUUAUGCAUACAUUUGUCUUGGAGAAGGGAUUGCUUGGUUGGUUGGUUGGGCGCUGGUGUUGGAUUAUACAAUUGGUGGAUCAGCCAUUGCCCGUGGCAUAACUCCAAAUCUGGCAUCUUUUUUUGGUGGUUUAGACAAACUUCCUGUGUUCUUAGCUCGACAAACUAUACCCGGGGUUGGUAUUGUGGUUGAUCCAUGUGCAGCACUUUUGAUUAUGAUUGUCACGAUACUACUAUGUUUUGGGAUAAAGGAGAGUUCAUUAGUACAAGCAAUUGUAACAUCAGUGAAUGUUUGCACCUUGGUUUUCAUCAUAGUAGUUGGUGGAUAUUUAGCUUGCAAGACUGGAUGGGUUGGAUAUGAUCUUCCGAGUGGGUAUUUUCCUUUUGGACUAAAUGGGAUACUUGCCGGAUCUGCUGUAGUAUUCUUCUCAUACAUUGGAUUUGAUACUGUAACUAGUACGGCUGAGGAGGUGAAAAAUCCUCAAAGGGAUCUUCCAUUGGGAAUCGGGAUUGCAUUACUGAUAUGCUGCAUUUUAUAUAUGCUUUUAUCAGUAGUUAUUGUUGGAUUAGUCCCAUACUAUUCAUUGAAUCCUGAUACUCCUAUCUCCUCUGCAUUUGGAGACAGUGGGAUGCAAUGGGCAGCGUACAUCUUAACCACUGGGGCAAUAACUGCUCUAUGUGCGAGUUUGUUGGGUUCCCUUCUGGCUCAGCCACGAAUUUUCAUGGCAAUGGCUAGGGAUGGAUUGUUGCCGGCUUUCUUUUCAGAAAUUAGCCCACGAACUCAAGUACCAGUGAAAAGCACAAUAGCUAUUGGUGUGCUUGCCGCUGCACUCGCAUUUUUCAUGGAUGUUGCACAGUUGUCCGAGAUGUAUAGUGUUGAUAUUGUUGAAGCAAUUGGCAUAUAUUUUGGAGUUGAGACACGCCUAAACACACUCUAUUACGCAUGUGUGCUAGUUCUUAGAUAUGUACCACCAGAUGGAGUUCCCCUAGCAUCUUCAUCUCAAACUUUGAGUGAUACCGAUGAAAGUGGAGCUGAAACUGAAACUUUUCUUGUGGAUGCUAUAGAAUCUUCUGAUUCCCCUCUACUUGGCAAUGAAACUGCACGAGAUGAAAAGUAUUUUGGAAAGAGAAGAAAAAUUGCGUCCUGGAGUAUAGCUCUUGUGUGCAUAGGUGUGCUAGGUCUUGCUUCAGCAGCUUCGGCUGAGCGUCUUCCAAGUUUUCCUCGGUUCACUAUAUGUGGUGUCAGUGCCGUCAUCUUGCUUGGCAGUUUGAUUACUCUUGGCUACAUCGACGAGGAUGAAGAAAGGCACAACUUUGGACACAAAGGAGGGUUUCUCUGCCCAUUCGUCCCAUACCUUCCAGUUCUUUGCAUAUUGAUCAACACCUACUUGAUCAUCAACAUUGGAGCUGGGACAUGGAUCAGGGUCUUGGUAUGGCUACUUAUUGGAAGCAUGAUCUAUCUCUUCUAUGGCCGAUCUCACAGCUUACUGAACAAUGCGGUUUGCGUUCCAAGGACGACUUGUACCAGAAAAACAACAGAUCAUCUUGCUUAAGAUUGGUGGUUCAAUGCAGCAGCUGAAGGGAGUCGAGCUCAAGCUUUGUUGUUGCUGAAGUAGCAUCGAAAGAGAAUUAAACAGUUUGGCACAAGAUUAAAAUACAUACAAGAACAUUUCAUGUACAUUGUUUAGUCAUUCAAAACGUAUAAUGUCAUUUUUGUCCCAACGUACAUUGGACUUUGAAGUAGUCCAUUUAAAAACUCUCAUGAAUCAUCAUGGUACUAACAUGAAAGAAGACAGUGUUGUGGUUAGUAUACUA